AGAGCGCGGCAAUCUGGCGGGCCGCUCGGCCAGGAAUCUCUUCACCUGGAUUUCCAUGCUGCGGCAUUUGCCGGAUUGAUCCUACACGAGGCAUCGCGAUCCCGAUCCCAGGGAAUGCUUGUUUGAUGCGACGCUGGGCGGGAGAUCAAGGGAGUCUGUGCAGAUUGGAGGUCUUUCCGCGAGGAUUUCUUCUUCCAGUGCGACACCGCGGUGCUAGGGUUCUGCUAGAUCGAUGCCGGAGAUGUUUCAAGCGGGGAUAUUUGCUUCUCAAGAACCCUAGAAGGGUUUUGGGACCAGAUGUCUCCCGAGCAAGGGAGCUACGCUGGAUUGGAUGCGCCAGUGAAAACUGCUGUGGACAAGUUCCAGCUUCUUCCAGCGUUUCACAAGGUCCGGGGUCUUGUGAAGCAGCACCUCGAUUCAUACAAUUACUUUGUGAAUUGCGAGAUCAAGAAGAUCAUCCAUGCCAAAGGAAACGAGAAGAUCACUAGCGAUGUCGAUCCCAACUUUUACAUCAAGUUUUUGGACAUUUUCGUUGGAACACCAUCGAUCGAGCAAGACUACAUUCGGCAGGAUAUUACCCCGCAGCAGUGCCGCUUGCGAGAUAUGACGUAUUCUGCCCCUAUCAGUGUUGAUAUCGAGUACACAAGGGGCAAGGAUAUCAUAACUCGCAAGGGAAAGGAUGGCCAGGGAGCACAAGUAAUUGGACGCAUGCCAGUGAUGCUAAGGAGCUCUCGUUGCAUUCUUACUGGAAAAUCUGAUGCUGAACUUGCGAAGCUUGGAGAAUGCCCGCUCGAUCCCGGUGGCUAUUUUGUUGUGAAAGGAACAGAGAAGGUGAUUUUGAUUCAAGAACAACUUUCCAAGAACAGGAUCAUCAUUGACUCUGAUAGCACUGGGAGCGUCACAGCCUCUGUCACUAGCAGUACACAUGAGAGGAAAAGCAAGACGAAUAUCAUCAUAAAGCAUGAAAAAAUCUAUGUAAAGCUAAACGUGUUCAGCGACGACGUUCCCAUAGUUGUGGUCAUGAAAGCUAUGGGAAUGGAGAGUGACCAAGAGAUUAUACAGAUGGUCGGGACGGAUCCAAAGUUCGCUGGGAUACUUGCUCCUUCCAUGCAGGAAUGUGCUUCGUUGGGUGUAUACACAACUCAUCAAGCUCUUGAGUACCUUGGAACAAAGGUCAGGGUAAAUAGACAAUGGGGCAGCAAGCAAACUAAGUCUAAGGUUGAUGAAGCCCGUGAUAUCUUGUUAAACGUUUUUCUGGCCCAUGUAGCUGUUCAUAGAUACGAUUUCCGGCCAAAGUGCAUCUAUGUGGCACUGAUGCUCAGGCGGAUGCUAGAAGCGAUUCUUGAUAAAGAGUGUGUAGACGACAGGGACUAUGUUGGAAACAAGCGACUGGAACUCGCUGGCCAGCUUCUUGCUUUGCUGUUUGAGGAUCUCUUCAAAAGGUCUUGUAGUGAGCUGAAGAGCAAUGUGGAUCGCACACUAUCCAAAAUGAACCGUGCCUCUCAAUACGACGUUUCGAAGUCAUUGAAACCAGACAUGCUUACAAGCGGACUGGAAAAUGCAAUCUCUAGUGGCAAUUGGACAGUAAAGCGAUUCAGGAUGGACAAGAAAGGUGUCACGCAGGUAGUGUCGAGGCUCUCAUAUAUAGCUGCUCUAGGCCAUAUGACGAGAGUGGCGUCUCAGUUUGAGAAGUCGAGAAAAGUGAGCGGUCCUAGAUCUUUGCAGCCGAGCCAGUGGGGUAUGUUAUGUCCUUGUGACACUCCUGAAGGUGAAGGUUGCGGUCUCACAAAAAACUUGGCACUAAUGACACAUAUCACGACUGAUGAUGAGGAAGCGCCUCUGAUUGACCUGUGCACCAAUUUGGGAGUGGAGGAUAUCAACCUCCUGUCCGGAGAAGAGUUUCACUCUAAAAACGCGUUUCUUGUAAUGUUCAACGGUACGAUUCUCGGUAUUCAUCGCCGCCCGCAGCAAUUUGCGACGUUGAUGAGGAAGCUUCGACGGGCAGGAAAGAUUGGAGAAUUUGUCAGCAUUUUCGUUAAUGAAAAGCAGCGCUGCAUUUAUAUUGCUUCAGACGGUGGACGAGUCUGCAGGCCUGUGGUGAUCGCAGACCAUGGUGUAUCAAGAAUCAAGGAGCAUCACAUGAAGGAGUUAAAGGAUGGCUUUCGUACAUUCGAUGAUUUCUUAAGAGAAGGACUCGUUGAGUAUCUGGACGUCAACGAAGAAAACAAUGCUCUGAUAGCACUUUAUGAAAAAGAAGCAGACUCUACGACCACUCAUAUAGAGAUCGAGCCUUUUACAAUUCUUGGCGUAUGUGCUGGGCUGAUCCCUUAUCCCCAUCACAAUCAAUCGCCACGUAAUACUUACCAGUGUGCUAUGGGAAAACAAGCGAUGGGUAAUAUAGCCUAUAAUCAGCUUCAAAGAAUAGACACGCUACUCUACCUUUUGGUCUAUCCGCAACGUCCACUUCUCACUACCAAAUCAAUUGAGCUGGUUAACUAUGACAAACUUGGUGCUGGUCAAAAUGCAAGCGUCGCGGUUAUGAGCUACAGUGGUUAUGAUAUUGAAGAUGCAAUUGUCAUGAACAAGGCCUCACUUGACAGAGGAUUUGGGCGUUGCAUCGUUUUAAAAAAGUUCAGUUGCCUGGUUAGAAAGUAUGAAAACCGUACAAUGGAUCGGAUUGUUGCUCCGCGACAGCAUGGUCAUGCGACGUCACAGGUAGAUGCUCGUUUAUCAGCUUCCAAAUUACAUCCAUAUAUUCUACAGUUGCUUGAUCAAGAUGGUAUUGCUUCUGUUGGGGAGAGAAUUUACGAUAAGGACAUAUUCGUGAACAAAGAGAGCCCGAAGGAUGUGAAGACCACUUUCUUAAAUCCUCUAGCUUUGCCUGACAGUGCCUAUAGGCCUACUCCCCAGCGUUACAAAGGACCUCUUGGCGAAAGUGCAAUCGUCGACAAGGUUUUGCUGACUACAAACGAAAGUCAGCAGAUGGUUAUCAAGUGUCAAGUUCGACACACACGGCGGCCCGAGCUUGGAGACAAGUUUAGCAGCAGGCAUGGGCAAAAAGGUGUAUGUGGAACUAUAGUGGAGCAACAGGACUUCCCGUUCACAGAGCGUGGUGUAUGCCCGGACCUUAUCAUGAAUCCUCACGGAUUUCCAAGUCGUAUGACCGUGGGAAAGAUGAUUGAGCUGCUUGGAGGAAAAGCAGGCGUUCAAAGUGGAAAGUACCAUUAUGGUAGCGCUUUCGGUGAACCCAGUGGCCAUGCUGAUACUGUAGAAGCCAUAAGUGCCACCCUUGUCAAACAUGGGUUCAGCUACUGUGGUAAAGACCUUAUCUAUUCAGGUAUCACUGGGUGUCCUUUGCAAGCAUACAUCUACAUGGGUCCGAUUUACUACCAAAAGCUAAAACACAUGGUUUUGGAUAAAAUGCACGCUCGGGCUCAAGGCCCUCGUGUAGUAUUGACAAGGCAGCCUACUGAAGGAAGAAGCCGAGAGGGAGGUCUGAGGCUGGGGGAAAUGGAACGGGACUGCCUCGUCGCGUACGGCUCAAGCAUGCUCAUACUGGAGCGUUUGAUGAUUUCCAGCGACCAGUUUCAAGUGCAGGUGUGCACAAACUGCGGUUUGCUGGGCUAUUACAGCCACAAACUAAAAAUGAACUUCUGCUCGUACUGUAAAAACGGAGAGAACAUGGCCGCGAUGAAGCUACCGUAUGCAUGCAAAUUACUGUUCCAAGAGCUCCAGUCUAUGAACAUAGUUCCUCGUCUGCAACUGGCCGAAGCAUGAAAUAGAGCUCUUAAAUGCUUAUCAGGUUGCUUGUCUCUCGACGAAUUGGAAUGGAUUAUUCCACGUCGAUUCGAGAUUUUUGUGAGGCCGCGAGCUUGAUCGGAAAAACUUGGAUCAAGUUUAAUACAUCUCUGAAUAGAACCGCUGAUUUCUCGUUGGCAAA